CAUUGCUGUUAAAAGAAAAGAUCCUUUGGUUUUUGUUUUGUUCAGACUCUGCAGAGUAUUGAAGAAGCAAAGUAAAAAAAAAAAAAAAAUUCUAGAAAAGAAGAAGAGAGCUUUGAUCAAAUGGUGCAGUUGAUGAAUUCAGGAAAAAGGGUAGCUGUGAAACUGGAAGUGGAAGAUGCCUUGGAAGAUGAGUUGUCUCCUCCUCACAAAAAAGGAUCAAAACUUGACCCUUCUUUACAGGAGGGUGAUAAUGAAAGUAGGAAUUUUCUAAUCCCACCUUCAUUAUAUAAUCCACUUGAUGAGCCAAGUCCGCUUGGCUUGCGUCUGAAAAAGAGCCCAUCUUUUUUGGACUUGAUACAAAUGAAACUUUCACAACAAAAUGCCGAUAAGUUAGCAGCUCUUAAGAAGAAAGAUAGUAAGGGAGUUGCAGUUUCCGGCGUACAGGACAAGCUAAAAGCCUCGAAUUUUCCCGCUUCCCUGUUGCGAAUCGGUUCUUGGGAGUAUAAGUCAAGAUAUGAAGGGGAUUUGGUGGCAAAAUGUUACUUUGCUAAGCACAAGCUUGUAUGGGAAGUGCUUGAUGGUGGACUCAAGAACAAGAUUGAAAUUCAGUGGUCAGAUAUUGUAGCUAUCAAGGCAAAUUAUACUGAUGAUGGCCCGGAGACCUUUGAUGUAGUGUUGGCAAGACAACCACUUUUCUUUAGGGAGACAAAUCCACAACCUAGGAAGCAUACUUUAUGGCAAGCAUCAUCAGAUUUUACUGGUGGACAAGCAAGCAUACACAGGCAACAUUUCCUACAGUGCCAACAGGGCCUUCUAGGAAAACAUUUUGAGAAACUUAUCCAAUGUGAUCCUCGUCUGAAUUUCCUAAGUAAACAGCCUGAAAUUUUGUUAGAAUCACCUUAUUUUGAACCCAGGAUAUCUGGUUUCAAUGAUUCAAAUGAAGCUGGCCAUGGGGUUGAGUUAAAAAGUGAGGAGGGUCAUAUUAUCUUUGGAUUGCAGGAUCCAUUAUCACCAUCUGCUGGUCAAUCUUCUUCAUGCAAAAAUGAGCAAGAUUUCAGUGGUAGAGCUACUGAAAAUUUUUGCCAGGGAACUCCAUCACCUAGCUCAGUAAUGGAUACCCAUGCGAUUGAAGAAAUUAGAGGCAGCACGGCUAAGGAAGGAAAGUUGCUCGGUCAAUGGGAUCAGAUUAGAUUUCCUGGAAUUCAUGCAUCCAUGUCGAUGAGUGAUCUUGUGAAUCAUAUUGGAAAUUGCAUCUGCGGACAGAUGACAUCUUCCCUUGAUGACCUACAGAGCCGAGACAUUUUGGAGGAGAUUACACAAUACUUGCUCAAUGACUCACAGCUUACACCAGCCUCUGAUGAAGAGUGUCUCAUGUCUAGGGUCAAUUCACUUUGCUGUCUUCUGCAGAAGGAUUCUGCUGUGGAACCAAAUUUUCAGCCCAAAGAGGAUGAUGCUGUUGAUGUGCAUGAUUAUGGUAAAAUUGUUGAAGGCAGUUCAGUCUCAGCACCAGCACGUGAGAGUAAGACGUCAGAAGGUUUUCCUGUAACAAUGGAUGAAUCCAAUGAUGUUUCUGGCUCCAAGCGCCCGCAGGCCUUGUCAAGGAAGGACUCAGUAGGGGAUCUUCUGCUUAAUCUUCCCAGGAUUGCUUCACUACCACAGUUUUUGUUCAACAUCAUGGAAGAUUCUGAUAGAGAAGGUAGAUAAAGAUAUACCUAAAGGUUUUUCUUCUACAAGAGUAGGAAGAAUGAUUGCAGGUUUUCUAACUAAACUUGUAAAACUUAAGGAUUUCUCAAAUUAGUGCUUAUGAAGAAUCCAUGUUCAUACUAGAACCUCUGUUUGGUGUUCUCAGUAUGUCUAUCCCUAUGUAAAAAUUAGUGAAACUCUUAAAGGUCAUGUUUGUAAAUAUUGUCUAUAUUUAGUCUUGUUACAGGUAUCUUUAGUGCUUCAUUUUGGGAGGAAAAUGUUGCUCUUUUUGGUCACCUACCGAUUACCUUUUACCUUGACGAUCAACUUUGCUGAAUAAAAUAAAUAGCUUAAUAUGACUUGGGGAUUAUUUUUGCUGGGUGGUGCACUUU